AUGAUUAAGAAGUACCUUAAUAAAUUUUUCAUUUACUUCAUUUGUUUUUCAAUAGUUAGUUUGGAUAGAUUUGAUUGGAAGUUCGAAUUAUAGAAUUCCUUACUUGCUUCUAUUUACAAUACUAACAGCUUUAUUGGGGUGGAGCUUAUUUAAAACUAUUUCCCUAACAUUGGGGAUUUUUCCUUGAAUGACCCUGAAUAAAAAAAAAGAAAAUUUUGUUUAGUUUGUCAUAUUUUCAAACCUGAAAGAUGCCAUCAUUGUUCAGCAUGCAAUCGAUGUGUGUUAAAUAUGGAUCACCAUUGUCCUUGGAUAAAUAAUUGUGUCGGAUUUUAAAACAGAAAAUUUUUUAUGCAAAUGUUAUUUUAUGUUAUCCUUGAUUCUUAUUGCGCUGUAAUUGGUUUAGGGUAUGGAAUAUAUGUGGAAUUUGAAAAUAUAAUGCUUUUCGUAAAGUCAGAAGGAGAUCUGCAUUUUAUUGAUGGGCUUUUAUUAUUAUGUGCCUUUGGAAUUAGUUGUUUAGCAUCAUGUUUAAUAACUAUGUUUUUUAAAUUUCAUUUAGAAUUGGUAUUAAGUAAUAGAACCACAAUAGAAAACUUAGAAAAGAAAAGAAAUGAAGAGACAGGAUAGCAAAAUGAUGAUUUUAAUUAAUAUGAUUUAAAGCCAUAUUAUAAUUGGGUACAAGUAUUUGGAAUGAGUAAAUUGUCAUGGUUCCUGCCAAUAUAAAUGGAAGGAGGAAGACCAGUAGGUGAUGGAAUAUUGUGGCCUAAAAAUCAUCAUAAUGAAAGUUUGUUACUUAAAGAUCAUGCAUCCAUUCCAAUUUAUAACGGGAAUGGUGACAAUAUUUAAAUGCAAUAAUAUAAUAAUCAAUUAUUGCAUAGCAACAAUUAAUAAUUCAGAUCAUCGUCAACUCAACACCAAUGAUCCAAAUUAAUGAAUUAAUUAUUAUUGUUUUAAAUUAUAUUAGGAAAAUUAUUUACAAAAAACAA